AUGGAUGAUUUGAGCGGUAUCAAGAAAGACAACGCUACUAUGGCAGAAAAUGCCAAAAUCUCAGAUGGCCGAAGUACCCCGGCCCAGAACGAACUGGUCUUAUGUCUGGAACAAAAAAUCUUGGAGCUACAAGGAGAACUUGAGCUGGUCCGAAACUUGGCAAACCUUUCUCUCACUCUUAGUGUCCCUGACAUUAACCAACAAAAUCCUAAUACCCAAAACCAAGCACCACCCCAGAACACACAAAACCAAAAUCCACCGCCAAAUCCCCCUGCACCACACCAAUACCCCACACCUCCUCAGAACCUUAACCCUCAGCCAGUACCUACCCCUAAACAACACCACCAUCACCCAACUCAAUACCCACAAACCACCACUUAUCACACUUCCCAGAAUGCACCACAACCUACUCCUGAUCACCAAAACUCAAACAAUUACCACCCUUAUGCCCAGAUUCCCGGAGUUCACCCAAGCAAUCCCAUAUAUGUGGAAACAUUACCCCAUACCCCACAACAAACCCUAUGCAUACCUUAA